AUGCGUCCGUCUGUGGCGCCGACAGCAUUGACAUCAUUGAAUAGUGAUCUUAGCGCCCGCGUAGUGCCACCAACUUUGCAGCUUGGCAAAGCAGAUGAUGGACUGAAGGGCAAAAGUGCCGAUGUGUCGCUCGCAAAGUCCCCUUUGCCUACCCCGUUGCAGACUUCCCCAGAUCACCCUUCAAGUUCUGCGCCACCAGGCGAGCAUUCUGAAAGGUCUCGAAUUCCAUGGCAGAUAUCGGAUGUGUCAGAUGUGUCCGACGAGGAGGCGAUGCGUCUUAAACGCAUUCGAGAUUUUGACAACUAUCAUGCAAGUAGCGGCGUGCGGCACAAGAGCAGUGGGCCGCGCACAGCGCCCAUCUCAACCAGUAUGAGAGCAUCCUUGGACCUUGCGACGUCUCGUCCCUCACCCGGUCUCCAGGUCGAGGCCCAGGUAGUGAAAGGUAGUGAGGAUGGGCAGAAUGACUCGAGAGCUCGAUUGAAGCGCUACUCGGACACAACAAGGUCGCUAAAGCGAAACCUGGCCACACCACCGCUCUCUGACGACCCGCGAACACAAUCGAAGCGACAUCAGCCUGCCAAACAAGCACUUGAAUCGAUACCUCAAAGGACCGCGCAGCCGUCUAAAGAUGUCGCGACUUACAAGCGAAGCACCGCCGCUCCGGCGCCGGGCAGUCUUGAGCUCAGGAAGAGUAGCGGCUUCCUGGACGAUACAGCCACACAUCAGGAGGUGUUCAAGGCCGAUAUCACGCAGAGCACAACAAAAUCUGUCCUAACACCUCAAGUGAUGGAUGAAAAAGCCGCCUCCAGACCUUCCGCUGGAUCGUGGUACACGGAUAAAGAAAAUGCUCUUCUAGCACAAUUGAAAGCCAUCGACAAGCUAAGCUGGACGGAAAUAAUGGCAUAUUUUCCCGAGCGCAGCCUAGGUUCCGUCCAGGUCCAUUACUCUACGACGGUGAAGGGGCGUUACCCAGACGCUGCAAAGCAAGCCGUGGUACCGCCAGCGCUGAAUCUGGACCAUGCUAGUGCACGACGCAUUGUCCCCAAAGCUCGGGCGAGACGCAUCGAGCUAGAGGUUCAUUCGGCACCCAAUCGCCGCCGUCGAGGAGGUGGACCAUCAGCAGUGGACGGGUUCGUCCCUUGGACCCAAGUCAGUGUUGAGGCUUUAGAGAGGCCCGAAGUCGAGACACCUGUAGAGGAUUGGUCGAGCGGUACCGCGUUCGAUGACUCCUUGCGCGGGCAGGACCGUGCUUUCCCCAGCAGUCUGGCACGAGUCCUGCGCCAACGUGAGCUGGGCAAGACUGGAAGUCGCGGCUGGUCUUCUGCUCACAAGCGCAUCACGGACGAGGCGAUCAAUCAUGUGCUUACGAGUUAUACGCCAUGUCUACACUUUGAGGCUACUUCUGGAGAUGUCACUUGCGUCGCCUGGCGCAACGAUGGCGUCGGCUUUGCUGCAGGUUCGAUCGCGAUUACUGACGAUCGAUCGAUGCAAUACAAUAGCUCCAGGAAUCUGCUUAUCGGAGAUACAUCGAGUUCAGGACUCCAAGAACUGACUGAACAUCACAUCCCACGCCCUGUGAUAAGUGACAGUGAUAAUCCCAACGCUCUACACUCGAUGCGCGAGUCUCAGGAUUCUCGUUUGUUCACCACUGUCGCGAACGUCGCAUACUCUGCCGACGGCAGCAGGAUGUACACCGCUGGCAGCGACAGAAUGGCACGUGUUUAUACCACCAGCCGGGUCGUCACCAAAUACAGCUGUCAAUAUGCGAUUGAGCACGCCGCUGCGGUCGACAUUCUAGACCUUCAAGGAGACCUCCUCGCAACAGCAUGCCACACAAGCGAGGAUGGCAGUAUCGCCAUUUUCAAAUGUACUGAGCAAUCAUACUCAAAGUUGAUGUCCUUCUCACCGACUCGUGCCGACUCCCAGUCGUCUCUACCGACCUUUCCAUCCGCCUUGAGAUGGGGUGCCGCCUGCCAUCAUAAGGGCUUACUGCUCGCAGGCUAUUCAAGUGACGGCAAUGAUGAAUAUCGGGACGCUGUUGGUGAGACUGCUCUAUGGAACGUGGAGACAGGACAGCGAUUCGACCUAAGCACCACCACUCACAAUGUCUUCGACGUGGCGUGGAACCCUUCAUCGAGCAGUGCAUCAGAUGCAUUCUGUGUCGCUGGUACUCCUGGACAUGGCAGAUCAGUCCCGGGACGGAAGAGCGUUGUUCGGUGUUACAGCGUGAACUUAUUCCGUGGCAGGGCUAAGCAGGUUCUUGAGUGGGAUUGUCCUGCGUAUGACAUCAACGACGUCCUAUACUGCCCCUACGAUGAUAAUCUGAUCGCUGCUGGAGCCACUGACGGCAAGGUCUACAUUUGGGACAAGCGUUUCGCUUCUCGAAAUCAGAACCCAAUGCACAUCCUGUCGCACGGCGAGUCUUUGAAUGUGCUAGACCAUGACCGGGAGCGGGAGCUUGUCGACACAGGUGUAAGAUUCUUGUCGUGGGGCGCCACUUCGACACGGCUGUAUUCUGGGUCAUCUGAUGGUGUAGUCAAGGUGUGGAAUCCGCACAGAGCCCCCGGGUGCGCUUUCGUGGAAGACGUAGCAACUUUCCAGACAGCCAUCAUGUCUGGUGCGUUCAGCCCUGACUUUAGAAGCUUGCUGGUCGGCGAAGAGCGAGGCAGAAUCAAUCUGCUCAGAAUUGGAGGUUGCGACGAUGAAGAUGAAAGCACUUUCCCUUCUCGGAGCUUUGGCUUGCAUAGCAGCGCUCCAGUCAUAAACGACGAACAACGAUACGCUGCCGCGAAAACUCUCCUGGACUCCAAACAGAUAGAGCUGCGGCCCUGGGGAGCUAUGCCAAAGAGACAAGCAGUGCAAGGCUCUGCAUACUUGGGUCCGUAUUUGCAACCAUCUGCGUUGGAUUUCGAGCGCGCACAGAAUGCCUAUGACCAGGCAAUACAGCGACAGAGUGCCUUGGGCGCAGACAGUGACUGCGACGGCGAAGAUAUGAGUAAAGCAUUGAGAGAUGUAGAAGGUUGCCAAGCGGCAUUGACUGCUUUGCGUUGCAGAGAGCUUGCAUUUGCAGAGGACGAACCGGUAGCAUGUGCCAAGCAGCGUGCAUGGCGUCAAGCCGUGAAGCGUCGUAUCACGCAGGAAGAUGAUGCCGACUAUUGCAAACUCGACUGCAACUACUUUGCGCCGUCGAUAGUGGAUGGAGUAGCAGAUACACAGGCGUCCGCUCAGCGCAUCGCUGGUGCAUUGCAGGCUCUGCCGCGAGGCAAACUUGAUCUUACACCUCUCGACUGCACGGCGUUAUUCGACAAUGGUUUCGCGGGGCCGUGCAUGUACUGCCCGGCAAUAUCUGUCAAGAAGCCAGAAAUGCCAGGCGCGCUGUAG